AUGACGGAGGAACUGGACCUCACAGGACAGGACUCUGACGCGGGUAGUGAAGAAGUGGUCCUAACUCCUGCAGAGCUCAUUGAAAGGCUGGAGCAGGCCUGGAUGAAUGAAAAGUUUGCCCCUGAGCUGCUGGAAAGCAAGUCUGAGAUUGUAGAGUGUGUCAUGGAACAGCUAGAUCACAUGGAAGAAAAUCUCAGGAGAGCCAAGAAGGGGGAUCUGAAGGUCAGUAUCCAUCGAAUGGAGAUGGAGAGGAUCCGCUAUGUCCUUAGCAGCUACUUGAGGUGUCGGCUCAUGAAGAUAGAGAAGUUUUUCCCUCAUAUCCUUGCAAAGGAGAAAACACUCCACGAGGGGGAGCUGUCUAGCCUUUCUCCAGAGGAGCUGGUCUUUGCGAAACAGUACAUGGCUAACACAGAGACCUACCUCAAGAAUGUUGCCUUAAAGCAUAUGCCUCCUAACUUACAGACAGUGGACCUCCUGAGGUCAGUUCCCAAACCAGAUCUAGAUUCAUAUGUGUUUCUGAGAGUGAAAGAACGACAGGAAAACAUCCUGGUAGAACCAGAAACAGAUGAGCAAAGGGACUAUGUGAUUGACUUGGAGGAAGGCUCACAGCACUUGAUCCGAUACAAAACCAUUGCGCCGCUGGUCGCUUCUGGAGCAGUUCAGCUGAUAUAA